GCAGCCACAAAUUUUACUUCAAUUUAGUAAAACAAUACUCUCAAAUGGCUUGUAAGGCUUUUUCGAAAUUACAAUUGCAGUUAAACUGAAAGGCGUUCCAGCAUUUGGAUUCCGAUUCGCUUUGAUGGAUCCAAAACCAUACCAUUUGCUGGUGUUUCUGCUGCUCUAUAUACUGAUGCUGACAUCCUUCAUGCGGCCACAGAUGAACAUAAGUAUAAGCGUUGACUCGUACUUCUUCAGUGCCAAGGUCGUUGUCCUUUUGGGUGUGACAUUUAGGUUCGAUUUAUUCAUGGUGGUGGCAGCUUUGCCCAUCACCGUCCUGACGGUUAUCGCACUCGCGAAGUGGAACGAGGCAACACUUCAUCCCACGGCCUCUCGCUCCUUCGUGUCGUUCGUGGUGGUUCUAUAUGUCGCAUUGCUGAUCGCCAACUUUGCUGGGAAUGGACUGGUCAUGCAGAACACCCUCGCUAGAUUCCAGCAGCCCCCACUGGCAGCUUGGCGCAUGUACGGAGAUCUCCUCAUCGCCUUUGGGGAAUUUCUGUUGACAAGCAUCCAGAGCAUCGCCACCAGGCAAACAAUACAAAUACCUGAGCUAGUCUACGUUCUGCAUUAGUUAGUUCUUCAUUCA